AUGCCCUCGCAGAGGGCCCCUCUCGCAGACUACUUCUGGAUCGCCGGUGUGGACGGCGCCGAGGUCCUGGAGACCUUCAAGCGAUUAGGCGAGGACUAUCGCAUAAAUGGCGCCGCAUCCCCCGGCCCCGCCCUGGCAGAUGUAAUUCAGGAAGACGCAGAGGAGGAGCACAAACCCACAGGGAGUUCAUCCCGGCCGACUUCCAUGCUGUUUGUGGGCAACGAGCGCCGGGGCUCCAACAACCGGCUCUCCACGCUCUCCAGGGACUCGGAGCAGUCCAAUGGGACCAGCAGCAACCGCAGCAGCGUGACCGUCAAGGGUGCGACGCCCUCGCCGCGUGGCCAGUCGAUGUUUAUGGAGGAUUUCGAUUUUGAUCAGGCGCUCCUGAAGUUCGCGUCGGAGAGGGACACCUUCCUGACGGACUUGAGUCUGAGUGCGGGGGCCAUCACUCCGAACUCGCGCCCGCGGUCACGCGUGCGCACCCAGAAGAUUGUCGAUGAGGCGCCGUCCCCGGGGUCCAACAAUCUUCUCCGAUCGGGCAUUGGGAGUGUGCGCCGUCACAUGUCGUUUCGCGACAUGAAUAGUAUGAAAAGGCAGCCGUCUGUAGCUCGUCAAGCUUCCGUGCGAACCUCCCGACGAUUGAGCAACUACAAUUCCGUGAUCCCUGUCCCACAACCCCUCGAGAUCUCCCCCUCCAUGCAUCCUCUUAAACGCCGGUUCGAACCCGUUCUCCUCGAUCGAUACCCCACCCGAGGCAUGUCGGAGGAGAUGAAGCAGCGCGGCAAUCUUCCUGACUAUGUUCCCAUGUUCGCCUUUCCGAAUGAUAUCAAUAUUGUUUCGUCGGACCAGCGUCCGCGGUCUACCUGGCACGGGUUUGCCAUGACCACGGACAAUGGCUCGAAACUGCAUGCGAUCUGUGUGAUUGUUUGGAUUCCCCUCAACCAGCGAGCAGCGGAGGAGUUGGAGAAGCGCUGUGAAGAGUGGCGGAGAGAUAACAUGACAGACGAGGAACGUGAGCUGGCAGCCAGUUUGGGUGAGAGAUUGGCAUCUGAGCGGGCCAAAUUGUCGCAACUGUUGGCGAAGCUCCCGACGGUCCUCUCCGGGUCAGACUCACGCGAGCAGCUCGAAGAUGAGAUCAGUGCGGUGGAAGAGAAGAUUGGAUUGAUGACCGACUUGCUGCGUCCUGUGCGACACGGCGCAGCCUCCAAGAUUGAGGGCUUGACCGACGGCGAUACUGGCUUUUGGAUCCCCCGGGCCUACGGUCUUCUUGGACGAGAGAGCACGAUGACUACUUUCUGGAAGGAAUGGUUGAAGGCCGUGAUUGUGCCCAUGACGGAGGGCGCUGUUCAGCGUGUGCCGCCUCCUUCGCCGCGGAUGGGCCUUUGGCAGCCAUUGGAGCGAUAUGUGAUGAACCUGUGCACCGAAGCAUUCUGCCCGGUCUCGUCCAAGACCCAGGUUGAAUUGGCCAUUCGGGAAUUGCGACUGUUUGCGCGGAAAGAGGCGCCCAAUGAGCUUCCAGGCUCCCGAAAUACUGAUCUUUACGCGCUGUUCCGAACCCUGUCCGUCCCCAAUAUCGUCAUUCUGUUCGAGUACGCCCUCACGGAGUCACGAAUCAUCUUCCUCUCAUCUCACACUUCUAUGCUCUAUCUUGCGACUCGGGCUUUGGUUGAUCUUCUGUUCCCACUUCAAUGGACCGGUGUGCUCAUUCCGGUGCUUCCCGCGCGUUUGGUUCAAGCCAUCGAGGCACCAUGCCCAUACAUCGUGGGUAUUGAACGGCGCUAUGAGAAGGUGGAGUUGCCAACCGACGACUUUGUUCUGGUGGACCUGGACUCCGAUAUGAUCGAAAGUACCAUACGGCCCACUCCACUUCCGCGUCACCAGCGUCGAAAGCUUUUGUCACUCUUGCAGAUGGCUGCCCCUCAUCACACUCGCUGCGGUGUCCCCACUGGCCCACCUGCAUACGCCAUUGAGACAUAUCCCUGGGACACUUUCUUGACGGAAAACGCGGCCACUUUCUCCUCCAAAGCACCGCCGACCAAUCUGGCGAAGUAUGUCAGUCUCAACUCCGGCGCAUUUGGCCCGAAUGCCGUGAUUCCGGGGUCUUACCAGGCACCAAUCUUCAACACCUUCUUGCAUGCCCGCCAUGAGGCCCCUUCGCGUGGCUUUUCCUCCAAGAGCUAUGAACGCCCAGGGACGGCCUCGACUUCCAGGGCAGGAGCCUCUCCUCCAUCUCCCAGAGAGAGCUCGCCCUCUUCCGGACACUUUCCUCCGCCUCCGCCAACACCGUCGUCACGGACAGACUCUGGUAUGGCUCUGCAGGCUUCGCUGCGUGAAAAGCGCUCUGGCCACUUUGAUGCGAUGUCGCGGAGAAGCUCUUCCUUUGGAGCGGAAAUGCGAGGUAUCACACGACGCCCUAGUGUACCCUUCCUCGGACACGCAUCCAACCUGUCGGUGACCACCUUGAACACCGUUUCUGGCCACGGAUCGACCUAUGCACCAUCGGUGUACGCUCAAUCGACCAUCGCUGCGUCCACAAUCGUUCCACAAGCCACGGUUCAGCCUGUCACCAACGCCGAAGGCACCUGCUGGAUCGAGGGCCACCUUUUCCAAACCCAGCCGUGGGAUGAGAAGAUGGUUUGCGGUAUUUGCGAUGAUCAUGCGGAGGAAGGAAUGUAUAGGUGUUCUGCAUGCCAGCUCACCGUCCAUAACCGCUGCGCCUCCCAGGUUUGCCUGGUGUGCGACGCAGCAUUCCACCCAGACCAAAUUCGCGCCGCUUUCGUUCGAUGCUUUGCCAGCCUGUUCUAUACUUACAAGAAGUUUCUUCAUCCCGCGAGCAGUGACAAGAAGAAAUCCGGCAUGUAUUACCAAUUUAACAUGGAGGCUUUCAUGAAGAGCAUGCCGCACGAACACGCCGAAUACAUUGCAGUUCUGCAGCAGACGCAAGGCUUCAACGAGUUCAUCAGUGAACGAGAGCGCACAAGCCCCAAGGCCAAGGACUCGAAAAUGGCCCUCUUCGACGAAAUCAUUCUCUCCAAGCGCAACCGCGGCCGAACAUCGAUCUUCUCCGGCCGCUCAACGACAGACUUCUUGUCAGACACCUCGAACCACCUCUGGCGCACAGCCAGCGCCACCUUCUUCGCCCCAACCAGCCGCAGUCAGCAGAACCUCUCUGGCGAGUACCACACUCGCGGUCCGACCCGCGCCCCGGCAAAACUGGACACCAGUCUAAUGAAAGAACCCCGCAUGAUCCACGGUGCUCCACGGGUGUCCAAGACGGCGAAUAACGCCCGCAGGAAGCCUUUACCUAAGCUGAUGAAUGGCUUGGCUAUCUCGCCGCCCAGUUAG